AUGGCAGGCCAGGAAUCGAAGGCUCCUCAGAGCCGGCGAGUCGGAGAGCAUUGGAGUGGCGCAAACCCUAUCCCCACCAUCCAUCACUUCAUGGAACAUAUUGACGCCGAGAAGAAGGAGCGGGGUCGCAGACUCGAUGAAGAGAAUCGAAUCAGGAAAGAAGAGGCGGCACGCAAAAAGGCAGCAGAGAAUUCGAAGGAGAAGCCUGAGGAAACAGAUGGCGAUGCUGUCGCUCACAAGGCACGCGAAGUCUCACAGGCCAAAGUGCGCACUGUGACCGAUCCGACCACGGGAAAAGAAAUCGGUGUGGAGGACCAAGACGAGACAUCUAUGGAAACUGUCAAGAAUCCCAUGUUGACGGUCCCCAAUGCCAAUAUUGGAAAGCCUACGAACGGAGUCCAGACUAGCGCCGAUCAAGAGCUGCCAGAAUAUAAGGAAAGCCAAGAUAUCACGGCUCCUCCAGAUCCAAUUGCUGAAGGCACCACCUCCGAUGUUCCCAUUCGAGGAGAAAAGACGAACGUUCUGUUUCACCCUACACCAACGGUUUCAUACAAGCCUAUGUUUGACAAUAUUGAAAAACGCGCCACGGCACUCUGUAUUGGAAUCCCUGUGGCCAUCAUUAUCUUGGGUCGGACAUUUGGAGGCUCUCUUUGGGGACUGAUUCCCUUGGCUUUCUGCAUCACAAGUGGUGUGUGGUUAUGGAUGCAGGAAGUUAUCCGGAGUGGUCGGGAUAUGGAGUGGAGUAGUGAACAGGUCCGUGGUCAGAUGGCUACUGCCAACUUGCUCCCCGAAUCCGUGGAGUGGAUGAACAGCUUCCUCGGUGUUGUAUGGGGACUUGUCAACCCGGAGAUGUUGACUCCUAUGGCAGAUACAAUUGAAGAUAUUAUGCAAGUAUCUGCGCCAAAGGUUGUUGAGAACGUACGCAUCGCAGAGAUUGACCAGGGUAACAACCCGAUUCGGAUUCUGAGCAUGCGAGCUCUUCCCGAUGAGCAUGUUCAGGACUUGAAGAACAACAUCCACGAGGAAAAUAUCAAGAACAAAGAUCCACAGGAGGCCGCUGCUGCAGAGGAGGGAGGCAGUUAUUACAACAUGGAAGCCUCUUUUGCCUAUCAUGCAAAGCCAACCUCUCAAACUGCCUCAUCCAAGGCACGUAACAUGCACAUGCAACUGGUCUUUUACCUGGGUAUCCGAGGACUGUUUGGUGUUCCAUUCCCAGUAUUUGUGGAGCUCAUUGAGCUGGUUGGAACUGUUCGCAUGCGCUUCCAAAUGAUGCCCGAAGCCCCUUUCAUGAAGGACGUUACUUUCACAUUGGUUGGAAUUCCCCACGUCAAGGCGGGUUGCAUGCCUAUGAUCCGAACGGGUGUCAAUGUUCUUAACCUUCCCCUUAUCUCGAAUUUUGUCAACUCCGCCAUUGGAACUGCAUGCGCUAUGUUCGCAGCUCCCAAAUCCAUGACUAUGGAUCUUGGUAUGAUGCUGACGGGCGAUGACAUCCACAAGGACACUCUCGCUCUGGGUGUGAUGUGGAUUCGCAUUCAUCGCGCUGUCGGCUUGAGCAAGCAGGAUACCCGUGGCAGCCAAGGUGGUGGCAGUGACCCAUAUAUCAACCUCUCCUUUUCGAAGUACGGAAAACCCAUGUACUGUACUCGUGUCAUUACGGAUGAUUUGAACCCCGUGUGGGAAGAGACUGCCGCCCUUCUUGUGACACCUGAAUUGAUCAAGGCCAACGAAAACCUGAGUAUUGAGCUCUGGGAUUCAGAUCGCAACACUGCCGACGAUAUUGUUGGAAAGGUUGAGCUACCAAUCCGCGAGAUGAUCCAGCACCCUAGCCGGAUGUACCCUCAGGUAUCGAAACUGCAGGGUAUGGAUGAGGGAAGCGAGAUGCCAGGCCAAUUGCAUUGGGAGGUUGGAUACUUCGGAAAGCCCAGGCUUCGCCCCGAGCUCCGUAGUGAUGGCAAGAAGAAGGAUCUUCCUGAGAAUCUGAAAGGUGAUCCUAAGUUUGAGGAUGAGAAAGGUGCCAUCAACAACGACGAAGAGGAUGCUGUCAUGCACACACCACCUGACCCUAUCUGGCCAAGUGGUAUUGCUCAUAUUGUGGUGCACCAAAUCGUGAACCUGCAGAUUGCCAACAUCAAAGGUAGCGAUGGUAACCGAAAGGGCAAGGAGUACGAGCCUGCAAAGCCUUAUGGCGAGAAUACUGAAGAGCAGGGAGAUGACCUGCCCACCAGCUACUGCAAGGUUCUGCUGAACGAUCAACUGGUCUACCGCACUCGUGCCAAGGCUGUGAGUUCCAAGCCAAUCUUCAACGCCGGAACUGAGCGAUUUGUUCGCGAUUGGCGUUCUGCUAUGGUGACUGUGACCGUCCGAGAUCAGCGGUACCGUGAACAUGAUCCUAUCCUGGGUGUUGUUCCUAUCAAGCUCUCCGAGAUUUUGCAAACUAGCUCUCAGGUUACUCGUUGGUACCCCUUGGAUGGAGGCAUCGGAUUUGGACGUAUCCGUAUCUCUGUUCUCUUCCGCCAUGUUGAGACUAAGCUUCCUCCCAACAUGCUGGGCUGGGAUGUCGGAACCUUUGAAUUUGCGGGACAAAAUAUCACUGCUAAGGGAUAUGGCAAACACACUAAGAUUAAACUGCGCACCGGCGGUAGUACUGGCAAGAUCACAAGACACAAAUGCCACUUGGAUGGAAGCGAUGCCGUAUUCGACACCUCCGACGAUACAUUCAGAGACUCGCUUCGCAUGCCAGUCAAGCACCGCUACCGCUCUCCUGUCGUAUUUGAGUUCCACACUCAAGGCAAGCGUGGCUCCGUGGCCUAUGCCAUCCUGUGGCUCCAGCAUCUCGUCGAUAACGAAGAAACCGAUAUCGACCUUCCAAUCUGGACAACCAAGAUGGGUGCCCGCCUGACUCAGAACUAUGUAACUGAGCAGAACUGGCGUGCCAAGCAAGUCCCAGGUCUAGAAGACCUGACUGAAGUGGGACGUCUGCAGUUCCGCUGCAAGUUCUCACCGGGCAUCGAUGAAUCCCACGAGCGCUUCGUCGUCGACAAUGACUCACGCGAGACAUUCGAGACUUGGGAAGCGUGCAUGGCACAGGGUGUCCGCUCACGCAGUGUCGAAAUCGAAGUUCCCGACGAAGUCCAAGCCAAGCACGAACAAUCUCUCAUCGAUGGACGCGACGUGUUGAGACAGGCAUCGCCCGCAGAACGUCGGAAGUGGACUACAAGCGAUGGCUCAGACUGGAGUGGUGCAUUUGGCCAUGACCCACGCGCAUACACCGAUUCCGUCGGACGCAAGGUCGCAGAGCCAGGACGCGACUCGCCUCCCCACGAUCCCAUCACCCCGCCACCAUUGAAGGGCCAACCUUCUUCUAAGCCAAACACCGAAGAGAACGAUCACGCUUCACACUUGUCUGAUGAUGACACCUCUGACUCGGACACCGAUGGGUCUUCUUUGUCUCAGGGACCCUCAAUUCUCAGUGGUAGUGCUGGCAGCAGUGGCAAGGGCAAUGCUGGGGCUUCUUCUUCUAUCAGUAGCAGCCAAAUGAAUAAGGCGAACAAGCGCAGUGAGCAACGGCAACAGCGCGGUAUGAUGCAGUGGCGUCCAGCUCGGAAUGCUGCAUUCGUCAAGGAUGAAGCCAAGUUUGCAAUGCGAAAAAUUAAGAAGAAGGUCGGCGCAGGUGGCCUUACGGGUCGCGAGCCUGAUGUUGAGACUGAGACUUAA